AUGUGGUUUCCCACCAGCGGCUUCGAAACUAUCCGCCCGUCGGAGGUGCUUGACGAGGAACGGUUUGAGCAUUUCAAACAAGGACAAUAUUACCCUGCUGAUAUUGGCGACGUGCUCAGUACCAAAUACCAAAUUAUUGGUAAACUUGGUUUUGGGACGACUUCUACAGUAUGGCUUGCUCGUGACGUUGAAGGUCAUCAAUAUGUGACACUCAAAAUCUAUACGCGCGACGAAGGUAAUCAGGAAGAGUUUCAGAUCUAUAAGCAACUAAAUCAGGGGAGUCCACGGCACCCUGGCCGUGCUCAUAUCAGGCAGGCACUGGAUAUCUUCACAAUUCCCCGUCCCGGUGGUGACCACCCGUGUCUUGUCCAGAAACCGAUGUGGGAAAGCUUCAGGGAUCUGCUAUACCGUAAUCCAAAUCAUCGAUUUAGUGAAGACCUACUCAAAGCUGGUCUUAUGCAAAUAUUUCUUGCACUUGACUAUCUGCACACUGAAUGCAAGCUCGUCCACACCGGUAAGAUGUAUCGGUAUGGCUUUGUCGAAAACCGUUCCUGA